AUGCUUUGUCACAGUUUCGUUGGGAAAGCAUCUGAAUCGAGCGAGACGUCUGGCAACGUGUGCAAGGAUUUCAAGAAAGGCUUGUCGGGUCAGGUUAUUUGCGAUGGUCUGGCAAAGUAUCCUUUUGAAUGGGGCAACGCAGAUUGCAACGGCAUUCUUCCCUUGCUGGUGGUUCAGCCAAGUACCGAGGAGGAUAUAGCCUUGACCGUGCGUCGCAGCACUACUUUUGGACUUCCUCUCAGUGUUAGAAGUGGUGGACACAGUUACACUUGUGAUGGAAUCAAGCCCGGUUCUGUUCAUCUGGAUUUAAGAUCCAGAGUGCGGAAGCAGCUCUACCACGAGAGCUCUGGGUGGUAUGCUGAGUUCGAGACUGGCAACACGUUUCGCGAUUUGUUUCGGAUUGUUGAUCGACACCGUUUCUCCAUUGUGCAUGGCGCGUGCCAUGCUGUGGGCGUGGGUGGCUUUUACCUGCAUGGUGGUCUACAUAUGAAUUCAUUGACAGCCCUUUACGGCUGGGGGAACGAGACUAUUGUGAGCAUGAGGGUGGUUACUGCCGAUGGCCAGAUUCGGGCCCUGAGCGCGUCGUCUGCGCACCAGGAUCUCUGGCGAGCGAUGCGGCAAGCAGGGUCCAACUUCGCGAUUGCCACUUCCUUGACUGUCAAGGUCUUCGAAUCGCCGGAGCCGUUCACCUGGCUCUUCUGGGUGAAGCUGUCGCACGAUGAGGUCGUGAGCCUGUUUCGGAGAGCCAUGACGGAUGAGCAGGUUCAGUUGAACAUCUACUACGUCAACCCACCUUUUUUCCAGGUCAGCCUCAGCCGACCCGAAAUCUUCACCGUACAGUUUACCUUGCUGCAUGGUCCGGCCAACUACUGGCAGAACCUGCAAGCCAGCUUGGAUUGGUUCAAGUCCCAUCAGGUGGCUCUUUCGUGGUGGACGAUUGCCUUCAAUGCUGUAAUGCCCAAGCCAGAUGACUUGACGCAUUUGGGAUAUCCCAAGGCUUGGGUCUCGUCUCAGGUAGAGUGCUGGCUGACUUUCACCGAGCUGCCUCGUGGCCAGAUCUACUACGAGUACAACUGCCCAAGCCGACCUACGUAUGUUGAACACAUCCGCACCGUCGAGCAGAGCUUCGUUGCUGCCUGUCCAACUUCUGUUAAAUACCGCAACACACCCCACUGGAAUGCCAGUGCCAGCCGCUACUAUCCUGAUUCUCGGGAGCUCUUGCAGACAAAGAGAAAGUGGGAUCCACUGAAUCUGCUUGGGCCCCCCAUCAUGUCUGUGCAUGACCUUGCAUAG